AAAUAAGUAUGAGUUUUAGUCAUGAAUAAUUGAUAAAAAUGUUAAAUAAUGAAUCCUUCCAAUUAUCUGAACCCACUACACCAUAAGUUUAACCAAAAGAAGAUGAAACAUAAUUAUUAUAGAGAUAGUUAUUGGACUUAAUGCAAUAAAACUCAUAAUUUAAUAAUUAACUAACCAUAAUUAAGGAUUAGAUAGUUAAACAAGAUUGUAAAAUAUAUUAAUAAAAUAGGUAUAUUUUAAAAUUUGUCAAAAACUAAAUAUAGAUUAGAAAGUUAGUUACAAGAAUAAAUGUAAAAAAAUUAAAAAUUAUAAGAAGAAUGUGAUUUGAAGGAUUAGGAAGAAAAAGAAUUAAAAUAAUAAGUAUCAAUAACAAGACCCAAAAAAAGAUUGUUUACUUAACAAAGUGUUGGCAAAGUAGUAAAUUUUAAUAUGACAUAUAAUAAUAAUUAGAAGAAAAAUUCAGUUAUUGUGUCAAUAAAAAAGUGA